AUGGGUUCCCUUCAGACUCCCUUCGGCAAGCCGAUGCUCAAGCAUUGGCUGUUCGAUCCAUCUUAUAGAAACCUCAAUCAUGGCUCUUUCGGCGCACAUCCAGCAGCUGUCCGCGAUGUCCAGCGCGCCUUCUUAGAUCUCGCCGACCUGCGACCCGAUCCAUAUAUCAGAGUCCAGCAUGCAAAGCUUCUAGAAGAAGCGCGUGGCGGUCUCGCUAAGAUACUCAACGCGGCCAAAGACGAAUGUGUCUUUGUGAAAAACGCUACUACCGGCGUCGCAACUGUGUUAUACAACCUAAACUUCCAGGCAGGUGAAGCUGUCGUCUAUUUCGAGCCUGUCUACGGCGCCGUAGAGAAAGGACUGGUCUCGCUGCAAGAGCAUUCUUCCCUCCAGACUCGGAAAGUGCCCUUUCAAUUCCCCAUUUCCGAGGGCGAACUCGAACGACAAUUCCGCGACGUGGUUCAAAAGACGCGUGCCGAGGGUCUCAAGGUUCGCGCCGCGGUUUUUGAUGCCAUUGUUAGCAAUCCUGGUGUGCGCUUCCCCUUUGAGCGGUUUACUGCUAUCUGUCGGGAAGAAGGCAUACUGAGUGUGAUCGAUGGUGCCCACGGCAUUGGACACAUUCAUCUUGAUAUGGGGAAGCUGCAACCCGACUUUUUCAUCUCAAAUUGCCACAAGUGGCUGUAUACUCCUCGCAGCGCGGCAGUUCUAUACGUCCCCAAGCGCAACCAGCAUCUCCUGCGCACGACGCUCCCCACUUCCUGGGGCUUCAUUCCCGGAGCCGACUCCCCUGCAACCAUGGCUUCAGUCCUUCAAGAUGCGAACUCAGUCAAAACAAAGACGCCAUUCGAGGAACUGUUCGAGUUUGUCGCAACCAGCGAUGACUCCGCGUACAUCUGCGUGCCCGCCGCACUAAAAUUCCGGCAGGAAGUCUGCGGCGGCGAAGAUGCCAUUAUCUCCUACUGUAUCAAGCUGGCCAACGAAGCCGCUGAUGCGGUUGCGGCGAUCCUGGGAACAGAUGUCAUGCAGGAGCCGGAUCUGAAACCAGGUGAGAAGAGCAGUAUGCGCCAGUGCGCGAUGACAACGGUGCGCCUGCCUAUUGGCGUUUCUGAUGAUGGAUCUGCGGUGCCUGGGGCAGCUGUGACUGUCACUUCCCAAGACGCUGCUCGCGUGUUUGGAUGGAUUCAGACGACUCUUAUGGAGAAGCAUGAUACUUUUGUGCCGGUUUUCCGCCAUGGACCAUGGUUAUGGACACGUUUGAGUGCGCAAGUAUUUUUGGAGAAGAGUGAUUUUGAAUGGCUGGGGGGUAUUCUUCGUGAGAUGUGCAACAGAGUCGUGAGGAAGGAGCAGCCAAAGCUGUGA